CUCUGUUGAUUCUCAAAUGGCUCCUAAGAAGGCGGUUGCUGCACCUGAGGGAGGCAACAAGGAAAAUGCAGCAGUAAAAGGAUCCAGUAAAGUUAAGGUUAAAAGAAAAUCUAUCAAACUAGUCAAGACCCAAUCACAUCCCCCAACCCUGUCGAUGGUGGUGGAGGUCCUGAAAAAGAACACGGAGCGGAAAGGGACCUCUGUGCAGGCCAUUCGGACCCGGAUUCUGUCUGCACAUCCCACAGUGGAUCCACUGAGGCUGAAGUUUUUGCUACGGACGGCCCUGAACAAAGGGCUAGAGAAGGGGAUUCUCAUCAGACCUCUAAACUCUAGUGCAACAGGAGCUACAGGAAGAUUCAAACUUGCCAAACCAGUAAAAACUACAAAGGCUGGGAAAGAAAAUGUAGCGUCUGAAAACGUAGACCCAAAUGCAGAGCAGGAAACCCAAAAGAAGGCCCCAAAGAAAGAAAAGAAAGCGAAGACUGAGAAAGAACCCAAAGGUGAGAAAACCAAAGCUGUAGCUAAAAAGGCCAAGGAAGAUUCUGAUGAAAAACCCAAAGUUGCCAAAUCUAAGAAAGAUAAAGAGGCAAAAGAAGUUGACAAGGCUAAUAAAGAGGCAAAAGAAGUUGACAAGGCUCCGGCAAAGAAACCAAAAGCCAAAACAGAGGCUGCGAAAGCUGAGGGGGGUGGCAAGGCAAAGAAGGAGCCCCCAAAGGCCAAAGCCAAGGACGUGAAAGCACAGAAGGACUCUACAGAUGAAGGUGCUCCAGUUAAGGCUGGCAAGAAAGGAAAGAAAGUGACAAACUAGGCUGAUAUACUUUUAACUCUGUAAAUCUGGUUUUUAAUGUUUAAUUCUAUAAAUAAAGUAAGUAAUUGUUUUUUUUUUCUUAA